UUGACUUUGCGGAUCGUUAACAUGAGCGCCAUCACAAACAUUUCAAAAUUUUGAACCCCAACUCCUACCCCAAAACAACGACUCGAUUUGCACCAAAUCCAAAUCCAGUUUUCAAACCAGCAAUGGAGAAGAGACUUCGCUCAUCACUCAAGUCAUCCGCCGACGAUUUCCUCUCAUCGGCGGCCAAAUUAGGGCUCCGUUCCGUCAAACCCUCACUCAAAACCCUAAUUCACUCACUCAAACCAUCCUCCGACGUCGUUCCAACCCUUCCUCUUUCUCUCCACCGCUCAAUUUCCGAAUCCAUCACUCUCUACAAAGAUCUGGCGUCAUCCACCACCGCUCCGUCAUCUCCGGCUGCCAAUUCACACCUAACACCGCCACCAAAGCGCGUUCGUAGAUCCUCACGCCGGACGGAGAGUUUACACGACGAAAACGGCGAUGUUUCAGGUACGGAACACAAACAAACGAAAUUUGAAAAAGCGAAGAGUGACGUCAGCGAAAAACUUCAGAUUUUUACUUAUGUGGUGCAUAUGUGUAUUACGCAUCCUGAUAAUGUGUUUUCGGUUGCUGAUUUAUUGCCUGCGGUUCAGGAAUUGCAUGAUAAUUUAGUUGUUUUUGAGUUGGAAUCGAAUUUGUUGUCGGAUAUUGCGUGUUUAUGUGAGGAGUGGUGGAAACGAGAGUUUGUAGGUAGGGAUGGAUUAAUUUCGCAGUCGAUACCGUUUUUAUUGUCCAAAGCGUUGACUUUGAAGAAGAAGGUGGAUGUUCAUAGGGUGUAUGGUUUGCGUGAGGCGUUUGGUUUGUUUGAUUUUGAAGAUGAGAGUAUAGAGGAUUUGAAGUUGUUGCUUAUUAGGUGUUUGAUAUCGCCGUUGUUUUUGAAAAUGGAUGAGGGGAGGCGGUUUUUGGCGUUUUUGUUUGGGUUGUCGAGGCAGCUAGUGAAGGAGUCUUUGGCGAUGAUUAGGUCGCAGAUUCCAUUUGGGCGGAAGUCGAUGUUGGAGGCUUAUGCGGAUAUUGUUUUUCGGGCGUGGAAGGUUGCGGAAGGGGAGUCGAGAGAUGAGAUUGUUGAGUUUUUGCAGCAGUUGGUUGAUGGCUCGAUUCAUGCUAGUAGUGGCUUGUUUGCUGCUUCGAUUAGGAGGAUUUUAGGAGGGUUUGUUAGCCAGCGGACUACUGAUGGUGUGGAGAAGCUUAUUUUUAACCUUGCAGAGCCUGUUAUAUUUCGUUCACUGCAGGUUGCGAACUCAGAUGUUCGUCAAAACGCACUGCAUUUACUGAUAGACGUGUUUCCUCUUGAAGAUCCUGACGCAACAAGGGAAGCUAAAGAUACACUGCUUCAUAGACAGUUUUUCUUAAUAGAAAAGUUACUCAUGGAUGAUUGUCCUGAUAUACGAGCUGUCGCUGUAGAAGGGUCUUGUCGCAUUCUUCAUAUGUUUUGGGAGAUAAUUCCAUCUUCAACCAUCACCAAAUUUAUCACCAAGAUAUUAGAUGAUAUGGCCCAUGAUGUCUGCAACAAUGUCAGACUUUCAACGGUAAAUGGUAUCAUCUAUUUGCUUGGUAAUCCUCAAUCCCAUGAGAUUCUCAAAGUGGUUCUACCAAGGCUAGGGCAUUUAAUUCUCGAUCCAGCCCUUUCGAUACGCACUGCUAUUGUAGAUCUCCUUCUUCUUAUAAAGGGUAUUCAAAAUUUCCAAUUUCAUAAGGUGGUGAAUCUGGAUGUUCUGUUAUCGACACUUGCAUAUGACCAACCACUCGUUAGCCAAAAAAUUACUAAACUUCUUCUAUCUUCGUAUUUCCCGACAACGGUUUCUCCAGAAGAAGCAUGUAAUCGAUGUGUGACACUGAUAAAAAGAUCGCCACUUGCCGGUGCAAGAUUUUGUGAAUUUUGUUUAUCCGAAGGGGCAUCUCCACAGUCUCUAAGUUUACUUUUCAAAAUUCUCGUAAAUCUGGUUCUUUCACCGGCUAAUACGAGUUCAGAUCAGAUAGACGGCAUACUUAUGUCUGCUGCCAACAUUUGCAGCAAUUUAGCUACCGAAACGAAAUAUAAAUCUGCUCUUAAGGACGAGUUAACCAGUAAAAAGCUUAUGUCGUUGUUUGCUGCUGCAAAUACGGGCCGGGCUCAAACAGCAGUGUGCAGCAUUGUUUCAAGCGUUCUUCCUGAUGCUGCUGGUGUUCUUCGUCAAGAAUGCUUGAAACUGGUCGGUAAAUGCGUCGGGUUAUCUGAUGAUAAGGAAAAACAAGCACAAGUUCGGUUGGUACAUAAAAUGAUGAUGUCAUGUGGUUGGAUUGAUUACAUGCUUGAAGCAUUUACAAAACUUUUGCAAAAGACUGCUAAUGGAUGUGUUGAGAAAUGUGAUACGGAAAGAAGCAAACAUGAUACUUCAUCGGGAAAAAAGAGAAAAGUCAAACAUGGGGUUAAAGUUUCAGUUAAAUCUAACCGUGUGAGUGGGAAGAAGACUAGUUUCAUUGAUGAUUAUGCGGUUUCUGUAUGUAUAGCUUGGCAGUUGAAGGAUUUGCUCAAAUACAGUGACACGUGUAAAGCAGUGUUGGGAUCGAAGAGUCUUGCAUCUGUGUUGAAUGCUUUAAAGGUCAUAUUGCAGUUUGAUAUUAUGGAAUGCAUGCAGUGUGAUUAUAUAAACAAUUCUCAUGUGGUGGCCUACGCAUCACUCAGCCUUCAUAUGUCCGUUAAGAAUUCGACAAUAAGUGAUAAAAAUAAUCAUGAUUUGAAGACCUUAGAGAAGACAGUUGAGCAUCUCGUUAACUGUAUGGAAAAAGCAUACACAACAAGUGCUUCUAGAACGUCAUGCAAAGUAACGCCAUGCUCUAUAACAAACAUGGUGAAGCUGUCAACUUCGAUUCUCAACUUCAUUAUCGAUUCAAGUACAGCGGAUCGUACUCAUGAAUGCGAAGAACGAUGUUUAAGUUUUACAAGAAAGUACGUAGGAUUCGUAAUCCUUAACCUGAGGCAGCAUUCACAUGGCUUGCUCGAGUUUAAGGAAGAAGAUUUAAAGGAAACGUUUUUAUGCCUAAAAAGCUCGUUCACUUACGCAGCUAAGCUACUAAACUUGGUCCUAACAAGCUCAUCAGAAUCACGCCCGCCUUCACCCGAAGCCCAUAACCUUGCUAACGAUCUGUUUGAUCUCAUUAUUUCGGUUGAAGAACAUCUGGGUAGUAGAUACGGACCACUUGUUCUUUCCGCAGCAAAACUUUGGUUGCCUGAUUUUAUCCUUUCAUUUGGUUCAUUGCAAAUACAGAAACCGUCAUCAUCGUCGUCAAGUGCGUUUGCCGAAACUAAGUUCGGUUUUCCUUCGUGGCUAUCGAUAUUGGCAAAGAUUGAGAUAUAUGACCAACAAGAGUCAGAGUCGGGUGACGUAGAUGAGGAAGUUGAGGCAGUUACCUUACCAUCGAAGUUUUCUACAUUCCGUAAAGUUGUCGAAAAGAUGGUUGAGCUUUUGAGAGUAAACCAGAGCGUGUUAGACGCAGUUGGGGCGUUUCUUUUGUCUGGUUCAUUGGUGGGUUUGAAGAAGAAAGACUUUGAAUUGUUGUAUGGGGUGUUACGUUUUGUGUGUAUUAAGCUAGUGAAGCAUGAAGAUGGCGAAUGGGUUGAUUUGAAACUUAUGUUGGAAUCUCUUCGACAAAUGUACCCUCUGAUUGAGACUGUGGCUCAGGAGCUUGAAAAUGGACAUGAAAAGAAGCUGUUGGAACGAGCAAGAUCAUGGGUUGAACCCGUUUGGAGAUGUUACGUUCAUGAAGAGAUGAAGGAAGAGAUGGAAACUGAUUUUUGUGACUCUUGAUGUGCUAUGUAGUUAAUAUCACAAUAUAUCACCGACAUAUCAUCGAUUUUCCCGAUGUCAGUUCCUUUCUUCUUAGUUAUAUCAUUCGUCUUUCUUCUUA